AUGGAUGCGGCACCUGUGUUCCAGUCUAGCUUCUCCAUUCGCUCGUUGCUCGCCAUGAGACACUCGGCGGAGGAGGACAAAAGCAAGCCACACACGUCAUAUCCGAGUUCCAAAUGCAGUCACAGUCACAGUCUCCAUACCAGUACCAAUACCAGAAGCAAACCGAAUGCGAAGCCAGCUUUCACGUACAGCGCCUUGAUUGUAAUGGCCAUUCGCAGGAGUCCAGAGAAGCGGCUGACGUUGAGUGGCAUCUGCAAAUGGAUAGCUGAUAAUUUUUCGUAUUAUCAGAAUAACAAGAGCGUCUGGCAAAACUCCAUACGUCACAAUUUAAGUCUGAAUCCGUGCUUUAUGCGCGUGCCGCGUGCCUUGGAUGAUCCAGGACGUGGUCACUACUGGGCACUCGAUCCAUAUGCUGAGGACCUUACCAUUGGCGAAACAACUGGUCGCCUGCGGCGCAACACACAGCACUUCACAAAUGCACUGCUGAGCCGCACCAAGGCGACAGUGUUGGCAGGUCACGGCAAGACCCGUCCCUAUUCGCAUCCUUAUCAGCAGCUGUCCAGCAAUCUAGCCACUGCUACCCUGCAGUAUGCGCAGCUUUUCAAGCUGGAUGCUGCCUACUUCCCCAUUCACCCAGAGGGGGCCCAGUCAGUAAGGCAGCAAAACUGCCGAAACGGAGCAGGGGAGCUAUUGGUGGAGCUGUAUCUGUAUCUGGAGCUGGAGCUGGAGCUGGAGCUGGAGCCGGAGCUGAAGGUGGAGACGGAGACGGAGACGGAGCCGGACUUAACCGGCCCAUAA